AGCUGCAACCAACGACUGAGAACAGACACUGCUGCAGAUAACACUGCCCUGUUUGAAAGAGGAGAGGAGAACAAGAUUCUACUACAACUCAUCGGGACAGCCAACCAACAAAGACAAUGGAGCAUAUGGAACACAAGGUCACACAUACAAUUGUGACAAAGACUGUAAAACACACAGUGACACAAUCAAUUAGUUCUUCUGAGUCAAAUGAAGAGUCAAGGGUUAUCCAAAGCCAUGAGACAUCUACCAAGGCUAUUACGUCAAACAAAGCCACAUCCAGCAUUGCAGGCUUCUUUGUGGAACAUAUCAAAGAGAAAGUCAGCAUCUAUCAAGCUCUACUGAACAAUCUGGUGUCUGAUGAUGUGGCUUUAGCUUUGCUGGAAGCCCAGGCUGCCACUGGCAACAUAAUGGACAUAACAAAAAACCAACUAGUAUCUGUUGAAGCAGCCAUUGAGCAAGGACUUGCUAGUCCUGAGCACAAACUAAAACUAAUUUCUGCACACAAUGCUGUGACUGGAUAUAAAUACAAGGAUGAAACACUGUCUUUGUUCCAUGCAUUUAAAAAAGGCCUUAUUGAUAAAUAUGAUGCUAUACGUUUCCUAGAGGCUCAAGUUGCAACUGGUGGUAUUAUUGAUCAUGUGAGCGGUCACCGUAUGUCUUUAUCAGAGGCUUUAAAACAUAAUGGUAUAGAUGAAGAAAUGUUUAAAAUCCUCUCUGAAACCACAGAAUCCACCAAACGCUACACUGAUCCCAACACACAAGAGGACUCAACAUAUCAACAGUUAUUGGCCAAAUGUAUCAUAGAUGCAGAAAUCAGAUUGCCUUUACUGCCCCUGCAAGAUAGUUUACAAGGUUUGAGGAAGCCUGUAACACUUGAACAACUAUUUAAUGCCAAAAUAAUUGAUCAAACUACAUAUGAUGAGAUCAAGCAAGGCAAACAAACUUUGAAGAUUGUAGGAGAACGUCAGGAGGUCCAGCAGUACCUGCUUGGUUCAAAAAUCAUUGGUGGAGUUUACAUACAGAGCACCAAGGAGAAAAUGAACAUAUACCAAGCCAUGAAGCAAAACUUCCUCACAUCAGACACAGCAGUUGCUCUGUUAGAAGCCCAAGCUGCAACUGGCUUCCUCAUAGAUGCAGUCAGUAAUGCUAAGUUAUCUGUAACAGAGGCCAUUCAAAAGGGUUUGGUGGGACUUGAACUAAAGGAAAAGCUACUGACUGCAGAAAGGUCAGUGUUGGGAUUCAAUGACCCAUACACAGGGAAGGGAAUCUCCUUAUUUCAAGCAAUAAAGAAAGAACUUAUUGAAAAAAAUCAAGGACUCAACCUACUUGAGGUUCUGGUUGCCACAGGAGGCAUUAUUGAUCCAGUUGGAAGUUUCCGUGUGCCAGUGAGUGUUGCCUACAAACGGGGACUAUUUGACAAAGAGAUGGAUCAACUAAUAUCAGAUUCUGUUAAUGGUCCAAGGGGAUUUCUGGAUCCAAACACUGAUGAACAUGUCACUUAUCUGGAACUGCAGAAGAGAUGUAUGCUUGAACCUGACACAAAACUGUAUCUGUUACCUUUAGUCAUCACCUUCCAAGGUUUAAGAGGCAAUGUUACAAGUGAGGAAUUACUAGACUCUUUGAUUAUUGAUAAAACAUCUUAUGAAGAUUUACAGCAUGGAAAUAUUUCUGUUCAGGAGGUUGCUGAGAGAGAAACUGUUCAACAGUAUCUUGAGGGAACAGGAUGUAUUGCUGGUAUUGCCAUCAUUUCUACCAAUGAUAGAAAAAGCAUUUACCAAGCAAUGAAAGAACAUAUGCUUUUGCCUGGUACCUCUAUGGCACUACUUGAAGCCCAGGCAGCCACAGGAUAUUUGGUUGAUCCUGUUAAGAAUGUGAAAUUCAGUGUGGAUGAUGCAGUCAAACAUGGUUUGAUUGGUCCGGAAGUUCAUGAGAAAUUACUUUCUGCUGAAAGGGCUGUUAUAGGGUAUAAGGAUCCUUAUACAGGGGAUAAACUCUCUCUCUUCCAAGCCAUAAAAAAAGAUUUUAUUGCUAAGGAUCAUGGCAUCUCACUUUUGGAAGCACAAAUUGCCACUGGUGGGAUUAUUGACCCAGUGAAGAAGCAUCGUGUCCCAGAAGAGAUAGCUUACAAAAGGGGUUAUUUUGAUAAAGAAAUGAAUAAUAUUUUAAAAAAUGCAUCAGAUGAAACAAAGUUUUUUUUUGAUCCCAACUCAAAGGAAAAUGUAACUUAUGCUCAGCUGCUGAAGAGAUGUGUUAUUGAUUUUCACAGUGGUCUCUACCUCAUCCCCCUAUUUGAUAACACUCAAGAUGAACUGAAGACACCACAUACUUUUAUAGAUUACCAGAUUCAGGUGACUUUGAAAGAAAUUAAAAUUACCUUAGAAUCAGGAAAGUACAAAGGACAAACAAUCUCCCUUUGGAAACUACUUUUUUCAGAUUAUUUCACAGUCGAACAGAGGGAAUCCCUUAUCAAACUGUAUAAAACAGGAAACCUUUCAAUUGAGGAAUUAUCUAGCAAAAUCACUACAGACAUCAAACAGCUGGUAUCUACCACCAAGGUCACCUUCAAAGGACUCAGGGAAAAUGUAACUCCUGGUCAACUGUUGAAUUCUGAAAUUAUUAACAAAGAUCUCUAUGAAAAGCUAGAGCAAGGUAAAACGUCAGCCAAAGAUGUGGUGAAUAUUGAAUCUGUAAGGAAAUACUUGCAAGGCACAGAAAGUAUCAGUGGGCUAAUUCUUACAGAGAAUCAAGAGAAAAUCAGCAUCUACCAAGCAAAGCGGAAAGGGAUUUUAAGACCAGGGACUUCCCUGAUUCUUUUAGAAGCACAAGCAGCUACAGGUUUCGUUAUUGAUCCUGUUGAAAAUAAGAAAUAUUCUGUUGAUGAGGCCCUCAAAGCUAAUGUAAUUGGUCCAGAAUUUUAUGAGAAGUUGCUGUCUGCAGAAAAAUCAGUAACUGGAUACCAUGAUCCAUACACCGAGGAAAUAAUUUCUCUCUUUCAAGCCAUGAAUAAGGAAUUGAUUGUAAAAGAUCAUGGUAUUCGUCUUCUAGAAGCCCAGAUUGCAACUGGAGGCAUCAUUGAUCCAAUAAACAGCCAUAGGAUCCCUGUUGAAGUUGCAUAUAAGCGUGGAUAUUUUGACAAAAAAAUGCAUGCAAUACUUUCAGAUCCAAGUGAUGACACCAAAGGAUUCUUUGAUCCAAACACUAAUGAAAAUCUUACUUAUUUGCAAUUGAAAGAAAAAUGCAUUACUGAACCUUCAACAAACCUCUGCCUGCUACCUUUGCACAGCAAAAAGUUCACCUUUCAAAUUAAUGAUUAUGUUAGAAACUCUUUCCGAAAUUUGGAGAUUCAUGUUAAAUAUGGAAGAUUCAGGGGCCAGACAGUUUCAGCAUGGGUCCUCAUAAACUCUGAGUAUUUCAGUGAAUGGAAAAGAAGAGAACUCAUAGAGAUGUACAGAUUAAGAAAGGCAACACUUGAGCAAAUUACUUUACUGAUUCAAGAGGAAAUGAAAAAGUGGGCUGAGAUUACAUUCCCUGCAAUUAGAGGAGAUACUAAUAUAUACCACUUACUUGAGGCUGAGAUCAUUGACAAAGAUCUGUUUGAACAAGUUCUAGAUGGAAAGAUUGGUGCAGAAGAUAUAUUAAAAAUGGAGAAAGUCCAAAAGCAUCUCCAUGGUUCUGGUGUACUUGGUGGUAUUAUAAUUCAGCCAUCCAACCAAAAAAUCAACUUCUAUGAGGCAGCCAAGAAGAAUAUUCUACUACCAAGUACAGUACUACCAUUGCUUGAAGCGCAGGCUGCCUCUGGAUACAUUAUUGACCCAGUGACUAAUCAAAAACUUUCUGUUGAUGAAGCUCUUAAAGCAGGAGUUAUUUCUCCACAGGUCUAUGAUAAACUUCGGGUUGCAGAGGAAGCUGUAACUGGUUACAAAGAUCCAUACACAGGAAAUAAGAUAUCUCUCUUCCAAGCUAUGCAAAAAGGUCUUGUGGAAGAAAAUCAUGCUACUCAGCUUUUAGACGCCCAACUUGCCACUGGAGGAAUUAUUGAUCCGGUAAACACAUUCCAUCUACCAGACAAAGUAGCUUAUAAGUAUGGAUACUUUAAUGAAGAAAUGCAUAAACGCCUCUUAAAUCCAACUGAUUCUACUAAACUUUACUAUGAUCCUACUACCAAAGAGAUGGUGACCUACUCAGAACUCAUUAGUCGUUCAGAAGAAGAUAAAUCUACAGGCAUACAUUUGCUCCCCGUGCCACAAGAGUUUGUUGAAGUCCCAUUAAACAACAUUUAUUCUGAUGAAGAAGUAAGAAAAGCAUUCAAAAGCACCAAGAUUGAAGAACGAAACAUGACAUUGUGGGACCUGAUACAUUCAGGUUACUUCACAGAGGAACAGAGGUAUCACAUAUUGGAAAAAUACAAGUCAAAGAAAGCAACCAUACAGGAACUCACUAUAGAAAUUCUACAAAUUGUCAGAGAUAAUGAAAUCAAGGUAACAACUCACAUUAGUUUUGAAGGUAUCAGAGGGAAAGUGCCAGCUGUAAACUUGCUAGAAUUAGGCAUUAUUAGUCAACAAACCUUUGAUGACCUGGUACAGGGGAAGACAACUAUUGAAGAAGUGUCAAAAAUAAACAUUGUUAAAAAAUGUUUGGAAGGUACAGGUUGUAUAUCUGGUGUAUUUCUACAGCCAACAAAAGAGAAGAUGAGUAUCUAUCAAGCGAUUAAAAGGAAUUUAAUCUUGCCUGCCAAUGGGCUAAUGCUACUAGAAGCUCAAGCUGCUACUGGCUUCAUGAUUGACCCAACAAAAAAUCAAAAAUACUCUGUGGAUAGUGCAGUCAAAGCUUCUGUCAUUGGACCAGAACUUCAUGAAAAACUCUUAACUGCAGAAAGUGCAUUGACUGGUUACACAGACCCAUACACAGGGAACAAAAUCUCUUUGGGACAAGCUAUCACUAAACAACUUAUUGCAAAUAAAGAAGGGAUUCCUCUUCUCCAGGCCCAGAUUGCCGCUGGUGGAAUUAUUGACCCAAUCCACAAAUAUUAUGUCCCAAUAAAAUUAGCUUUUAAACUGGGCUUUAUAGAUGAAGAUGUGGCUAAAGCUACUGAAAAUCUAAAAGUAUACUUUGAUCCAAACACUAAAGAAAGCUUAACCUACCUGCAGCUAAAAGAGACAUGCUUUAAGGAUAUAGAAACAGGUCAUUUACUGCUGUCAAUUUCUGAAAACCCUGCUAUUUAUGCUGAAAGUCACAUUAUUGAAAUUUUAAAAUCAGUAAACAUUAAUGUCCAAGUGGGAAGAUUUAAAGGUCAAACUUUAUCUGUAUGGGAUUUACUGAACUCUGAAUACAUUACUAUGAACAAAUUCAAAGAACUACUAUCUAUGUACACGAAUGGAAGUUCUGCAGUGCUCCAGGAUAUUGUUAAAAUUGUCUCUACCAUUAUCGAGGAGACAAGCACAACGAGCAAAAAGAUAAAGUUUAAAGGUCUCCGGAAACAGGUGUCAGCAAGUGAUUUGUUUGAGUCAAAUGUUAUAGACAAAAAAACAUUAGAUGAGCUGAAUCAAGGCAAGAAAACAAUUACAGAAGUGACAGAAAUGGACAACGUGAAGCGCUAUCUGCAAGGUACAAACUGUAUUGCAGGAAUUCUCAUACAGUCCACUAACAAGAAAAUGAGUAUUUAUGAGGCUAUGCUUAAACGGAUACUAAGACCUGGCACUGCUUUGGUGCUCUUAGAGGCCCAGGCAGCAACUGGCUAUAUUAUUGACCCAGUAAAGAAUCAGAAACUUUCUGUAGAUGAAGCAAUGGCUCAAGGAUUAAUAGGACAUGAUAUAUAUAAUAAGCUACUCUCUGCUGAGCAAGCUGUGACAGGAUACACAGAUCCUUACACUGGAGAAAAAAUUUCCUUGUUCCAAGCUUUAAACAAAAACCUUAUAGUCGAUUGCCAUGCAAUCCGUCUUCUUGAAGCCCAAAUUGCAACCGGAGGCAUUAUUGAUCCAGUGCACAGUCACAGAGUCCCUGUUGAGGUGGCCUACAAGCGGGGAUAUUUCAAUGAAGAGAUGAACAAAAUCCUAUCUGACCCCAGUGAUGACACCAAAGGGUUCUUUGAUCCCAACACUCAUGAGAACCUCACUUAUCUGCAACUUGUAGAUAGAUGUAUCCAAGACCCUGAAACUGGACUGUAUCUUCUGCAAGUUGUGAAAAAAGGGGAGAACUACUUUUAUAUCACUGACAAAAUGAAAGAGGAUUUACGAUCCAAAACUAUCCAAAUGCAGUUUGGAUUGUUCGCAAAUCAAACUGUAUCUAUAUGGGAAAUACUUUGCUCGCAGUAUAUCACAGAACUUAAAAGAAGAGAGCUUGUAAAGCUUUAUGCAAUGGGUGUGCUAGCAAUUGAGCAACUUAUAUCAACCAUCACAACACUUAUGCAUGAGUUUGAAAAUAAAAGCAGCAAUCUUAAAUUCAAAGGAAUUCGGGCUGAAGUGACAGCCACAGACCUGUUCAAUGCAGAGGUAAUUGAUAAAAAGAUUUUGGAUGACCUGAAAGAAGGCAAAAAAACUGUGGACACUGUUGCCCAAAUGGACUCUGUGAAAAGAUAUUUGGAGGGAACAAGCUGCAUAGCUGGUAUUGUUGUGUCACCUUCCAAUGAAACUGUCAGCAUAUCUGAAGCAAUGGGUAGAGGUAUACUUGCUAGAGAUGUUGGGUUGCUGCUGCUACAGGCUCAAGUUGCUACUGGAUUUCUUAUAGAUCCCACAACAAAUAAAAGGUUUUCUGUUGCUGAAGCUUUGUCAGCAGGCCUGAUUAAUUCUGAUGUUCAAGGUCAACUUGAAAUAGCUGAGAAAUCAGUUACUGGAUUUACAGAUCCUAUGACCAGUAGUAAAAUUUCCCUGUUCCAAGCCAUUAAAAAGAACCUUGUAGCAAAGGAACCCAGCAUUUAUCUUUUGGAAGCUCAGAUGGCCACUGGUGGCAUUUUUGAUCCUAUUUACAGCCACAGGCUUCCACUGGAGGUGGCAUACAAAAAGCAUUACUUGGAUGAAGAUACAUACAUUUUGGUAUCAGAUGAUGAUGGUAAGAAAGGUUUUGUGGAUCCCAAUACACAUCAAAAAAUAACUUAUAAACAUUUAAUAGAGAGGUGCACUAAGGACCCCAAGACUGGAAUGCAUUUACUUCAAAUAGCUGAAAAACGAGAUGAUUAUUUCUAUGUUGAUGAGCCUACUAAGCAUAUCCUGAUGUCUGUUGUGAUUAAAAUGAGUGUGGGAAGAUUUCAGGGCCAGGAGGUAUCACUAUGGGAGCUUCUAUGUUCAGAGUAUAUAUCAGAAGAAAAGAGAAAGGAACUCAUAAAGAAGUACAAAACUGAUACAACAUCCAUCCUUAAAGAUAUCAUCAAUAUCAUUCUAUCAAUUAUUCAAGAAAAAGAAACAAAUCAGAAAGAUAUCUGGUUUCAAGGUCUGAGAAAGCAGAUCACAGCAUCUGAAUUAUACGAGGCAGAAAUUAUCAGCAAAGAUACACUUGAAAAAUUAAGACAAGAAAUGGAAACAGCAAGUGAUGUUGCAAAAACAGAUUCAGUGAAGAGGUAUCUUGAAGGAACCAGCUCCAUUGCUGGUAUAUUUGUAAAUGCCAAAAAAGACCCCUCUCAAAGAAAGAAGAUGCAAAUUUAUGAGGCAAUGAUUAGAAAUAUACUAAGACCUGGGACAGCUCUUGUUCUACUUGAAGCUCAAGCAGCUACUGGAUUUGUCAUUGAUUGCAUAAAAAAUAAAAAAUAUUCUGUUGAAGAAGCUUUAUCUGCAGGGCUGAUUGGUUAUGAGAUUUAUAAUAAGCUUUUGUCAGCAGAAAGAGGUGUUACAGGCUACACCGACCCUUACACAGGUGAAAAGAUCUCACUUUUCCAAGCCAUGCAAAAAGACCUCAUUGUUAAAGAGCAUGGCAUCCGUCUACUGGAAGCCCAAAUUGCCACUGGAGGCAUAAUUGAUCCAGUCCACAGCCAUCGUGUCCCAUUGGAAGUCGCUUACAAACGUGGUUACUUUGAUGAAGAGAUGAACCAGAUCCUUUCAGAUCCCAGUGAUGACACUAAAGGAUUCUUUGACCCAAACACACAUGAGAACCUAACAUAUAUGCAGCUCUUCCAGAGGUGCAUUCAGGAUCCUGAUACUGGUCUGUAUAUGUUAGAAGUGAAUGAUAAGAAGUCUUCUCAACAAACAGAGACACAAACUAUAUUAAAGUCUAAAACAGUUCAGAUUACUGUCGGUGAAUUCCAAGGCAAGAAUGUUACUUUUUGGGAGCUUCUUCAUUCAAAAUAUAUCUCAGUGGAAAAAAGAGAAGAGCUUUUGAAGAAGUACAGACAUGGAGAUUUGUCCCUAGAGGAACUUCUAACUAUCAUCACCACAAUUAUUACUCAGACAGAGAUAUCACAGUUAGAUGCAACUGACUCUUAUAAUCAUAAUGAGCUAAUUCAGUCUCAGCUACAAUCACAAAAAGUAAAAAUCAAUAUUGGUGAUUUCAAUGGACAAACUUUAACACUAUGGGAGCUUUUAAACUCUCAUUAUAUCACAGAAGAGAAACGGAAGGAAGUAUUGGAAAAGUUGAAAUCAGGUACUUUAACUAUCCAAGAAAUUGUUACUACAAUUACUACAAUUAUCACAGAAGCAGAACUCAAAAAGAGUGAACAGAUAGAGCAAAGUAAAGUAUUAGCUAAUGAGCAGACAAAGACUGCAGAACAUUCAUUACACGCGGAUGAAAUCCAAAAAGCCCUACAGAGUAUUAGUAUUCCCAUCAAUAAAGGACAAUUUCAAGCUCAGGAGAUUUCUGUGUGGGACUUUCUUAACUCAAGAUAUGUUAAAAAGGAGAAAAGAGAAGAACUUUUGGGGAAUUACAAACUAACUGUCCAAGACAUUAUAGCAAUUGUCAUAAAAACAUUGGAAGUGAAUAGUAAGUUAUCUGAAAAAUAUAAUGUUCUGAAAACAAACCAAGUAGAAGUCUCAGUAGGUGAAUCAAAAGGUCAGAAAAUGUCUGUUUGGGAUCUGCUCACCUCCAGAUAUAUAUCUGAAGAAAAAAAAGUUGAGCUGCUAGAAAACCUAAAUUCUGGGAAGUCUGAUGUCAAAGAACUAAUUAAAAUUGUAUCUACAAUAAUAGAGGAGACAGAGGAGAGAAGCAAAAAGCUAAAAUUUAAAGGACUAAGAAGGCAGGUUACAGCUACUGAGCUGCUCACAUCUGAAAUCAUUGACCAGAAGACUCUUACAGAGCUGACCCAGGGAAAUAGAACUAUAGAUGAGGUGACAAAAAUGGAUAAAGUAAAGAGAUACUUAGAAGGGACAAGCUCUAUAGCAGGAGUAUUAGUACCAUCCAUUAGAGAUCCAUCAAAAAUAGAAAAGAUGAGUAUUUAUGAUGCAAUGCAGAAGCGCAUCCUAAGACCAGGGACAGCACUAGUUCUCCUUGAAGCUCAGGCAGCCACUGGAUUUGUUAUUGACCCCAUAAAAAAUAAGAAACUCUCUGUAGAUGAAGCAGUUACUGCUUCCCUUGUUGGCCAAGAACUCCAUGGAAAGUUACUUUCUGCAGAGAAAGCAGUAACUGGAUACAAAGAUCCUUACACGGGUGACAAGAUAUCCCUGUUCCAGGCCAUGCAAAAAGACCUCAUUGUGAAAGACCAUGGCAUCCGCCUACUGGAAGCACAGAUUGCAACUGGCGGCAUCAUCGACCCAGUGCACAGUCAUCGUGUCCCUGUGGAAGUAGCUUACAAACGUGGUUACUUUGAUGAAGAAAUGAACCAGAUCCUCUCUGAUCCCAGUGAUGACACCAAGGGAUUCUUUGACCCAAAUACUCAUGAGAACCUGACAUACAUGCAGCUGCUGGAAAGAUGCAAUAAAGACCCAAGGACUGGGCUAUAUAUGCUAGAAGUAAGGUACAGCAAGCCAUCCUACUUCCAAAUAGACAAAAAAAUAGAAAGUACAUUGCAGUCUAAAACAAUCCAUAUUAAAGUUGGGAGAUACAAAGGGCAAAAUAUUUCAAUUUGGGAACUUCUCAACUCCCAGUAUUUGUUGGAAAAAAGACUCGAUCUUCUGAAAAAAUACCAAUCAGGUUCUAUAACUAUUGAGGAACUAAUACAAAUUAUCACAACCAUUAUUGAAGAAACAGAAAAUAAAACAAGUUUUGGAGAUGUGAAUGGCUCUAUUACAGAUCAGUCUCAACAAAAUAAAGAUGCGGUCCAAACUACCAAACAAAACCAGCAAACAAUACUACAGUCACACCUUGUGUCAAUUACUAAAGGGAAGUUACAAGGUCAAAAGAUCUCCCUAUGGGACUUGUUGAAUUCAGCAUAUAUAACAGAAGUUAAAAAGCAUGAGCUUUUGCAGAAGUAUACUGCAGGCACUUUAACUCUAGAAGAUAUGAUUCAAAUAAUUAUAACCCUUAUUAGUCAAACAGAUGAAAAGACGGUUACUAUAGAACAAAAAGAGUUUGAAACUACAAACAACUCUUUACAACUUAAUAUUUCAACACAUACAGAUGAGCAACUCAAAAACGCCUUGAGUGCUAUCAAAGUUAUUGUGCAACCUGGUCAGUUUCAAGAACAAAGAGUGUCUCUAUGGGAAGUUCUAAAUUCUAAAUACAUCCCAGCAAACGAAAGGGAUGUUCAGCUGAAAAAACAUCAGACAUCUGUAAAGGAACUAAAACAAGUUAUUACAGAUUUGGUUGAAGUUGAAGAGGCAAAAUCUGACCAGGAAAUACAAAAUGCACUAGAAAAGAAGACUGCAGAAGUUGCCGUAGGAGAGUUCAAAGGACAAAGUGUCUCUCUGUGGGUACUUCUUCACUCUAAAUAUGUCAGUGAAGAGAAAAGAAAAGAGCUGCUGGAAAAGUACAAACAUGGAGAAUUAACUGAGGAAGAAAUCUUAAGAAUUAUUAUCAAAAUCAUUGAGGAAAUAGAAGAGAGAAGCCGUAAUCUGAAAUUUAAGGGUCUCAGAAGGCAAAUCACAGCCACAGAGUUGCUCCAGUCAGAAAUCAUUGACCAGAGUACAAUGAAUGAACUGACUCAGGGAAGCAGAACAGUUGAGCAGGUAACUCAAAUGGACUCCGUAAAGCGCUACCUUGAAGGAACCAGCUGCAUCGCUGGUGUGUUUGUAACCUCUAAGAAAGACCCCUCUAAAAGAGAGAAAAUUAACAUUUAUGAAGCCAUGUUAAAUCGCAUACUGAGACCUGGGUCAGCUUUGAUUCUUCUCGAAGCUCAAGCAGCUACUGGAUUUGUUAUUGAUUCCAUACAAAAUAAGAAACUUUCUGUAGAUGAGGCCUUAUCUGCUGGACUGAUUGGCUAUGAGAUUUAUAAUAAACUUCUUUCCGCAGAAAAAGGAGUAACAGGUUACACUGAUCCUUACUCUGGUGAAAAGAUCUCAUUGUUCCAGGCGAUGCAAAAAGACCUUAUUGUGAAAGAGCAUGGCAUUCGUCUAUUGGAAGCACAGAUUGCCACUGGAGGUAUCAUCGACCCAGUGCACAGCCAUCGUGUUCCAGUGGAAGUAGCUUACAAACGUGGUUACUUUGAUGAAGAGAUGAACCAGAUUCUUUCUGAUCCCAGUGAUGACACUAAAGGAUUCUUUGAUCCAAACACUCAUGAGAACCUAACAUAUAUGCAGCUUCUCCAAAGAUGCAUUCAAGAUCCUGGUACUGGUCUAUAUAUGCUAGAUGUGAAGGAUAGUAAGUCUUCUUUUCAUCAGACAGAUAUACAAAGUACGCUAAAGUCGAAAAUUAUUCAGAUUACAACUGGGCAGUUUCAAGGCAAAAAUAUAUCCAUCUGGGAACUUCUAAACUCCAAAUAUAUCUCAGAGGGAAAAAGAGAAGAACUUUUAAAAAAGUACAGAACUGGUACCUUGUCCAUGGAUGAACUUAUAACCAUUGUCACCACUAUAAUUACUGAGACAGAGGUAUCACAAGUGGACUCAACAGAAUCUUUUAAUCAUAAUGAACAAAUACAUACACUGUUACAAUCACAAAAGGUAGAUGUAAGUGUUGGUGAUUUUAAAGGACAAUGUGUGACAUUGUGGGAGCUUCUAAACUCUCGUUAUAUAGCAAAAGAGCAAAGGAAUGAAAUAUUAGAGAAGAUGAAAGUAGGGACUUUAUCCAUCCAAGAAGUUAUUACUUUAAUUAUCACAAUCAUCACUGAAUCAGAACUGAAACGUAUUGAGCAAAUACAGCAAUUUAAUCAGGUAUCUGUAGAACAAUCUAAAACUUCUGACCAUUCAAUUUAUGAGGAUGAAAUCAAGAAAGCCCUACAGAGUAUUAGCAUUCAUAUAAAGAAAGGGCAGUUUCAAGGUCAGGAAAUUUCUGUUUGGGAUCUUCUUCAAACAAGUUACAUCACAGAGGAAAAGAGGCAAGAACUUCUAGGAAACUACAAAUUGACUGUCCAAGACAUUAUAACAAUUGUUAUUAAAUCUGUCGAUGAGGUUGAAAACCAGAAUUCAUCUUUCAAGACAGAAUACAAAUUGAAUGAUGACAUAUACAAUAAUUUAAAGACAGUACAAGUUGAAAUUUCAGUAGGCGAGUACAAAGGUAAAAAAAUGUUGCUUUGGGAUCUACUGAUGACUUCCAAAUAUAUAUCAGAAGAGAAAAAGGUGGAGCUGUUUAAAAAACUGAAUUCUGGGAAGCUUGAUACCAAUGAAUUGAUUAAAGUUAUCAUCACAAUAAUAGAAGAGACAGAGGAGAAAAGCAAAAAACUAAAAUUUAAAGGUCUUAGGAGACAAGUAACUGCAACUGAGCUGCUCACAUCUGAAAUCAUCGACCAGAAGACUCUGACAGAAUUGACCCAGGGAAAAAAAACUGUAGAAGAAGUGACACAAAUGGACACAGUAAAGAGAUACCUAGAAGGGACAAGCUGUAUAGCAGGAGUAUUAGUACCAUCCAUUAAACAUCCAUCAAAGAUAGAAAAGAUGAGUAUUUAUGAUGCAAAGCUGAAGCAUGUCCUGAGACCAGGGACAGCACUAGUACUCCUUGAAGCUCAGGCAGCCACUGGAUUUGUUAUUGACCCCAUAAAAAAUAAGAAACUCUCUGUAGAUGAAGCAGUUACUGCUUCCCUUGUUGGUCAAGAACUCCAUGGAAAGUUACUUUCUGCAGAGAAAGCAGUAACUGGAUACAAAGAUCCUUACACGGGUGACAAGAUAUCCCUGUUCCAGGCCAUGCAAAAAGACCUCAUUGUGAAAGACCAUGGCAUUCGCCUACUGGAAGCACAAAUUGCAACUGGCGGCAUCAUUGACCCAGUGCACAGUCAUCGUGUCCCUGUGGAAGUAGCUUACAAACGUGGUUACUUUGAUGAAGAAAUGAACCAAAUACUCUCUGAUCCCAGUGAUGACACCAAGGGAUUCUUUGACCCAAAUACUCAUGAGAACCUGACUUACAUGCAGCUCCUGGAAAGAUGCAUUAAAGACCCAGAUACUGGACUAUAUAUGCUAGAUGUAAAGAACAGCAAGCCAUCCUACUUCCAAAUAGACAAAAAAAUAGAAAGUACAUUGCAGUCCAAAACAAUCCAUAUUAAUGUUGGGAAAUACACAGGGCAAAACAUUUCAGUUUGGGAACUUCUCAACUCCCAGUAUUUGUUGGAAAAAAGACUAGAUCUUCUGAAAAAAUACCAAUCAGGUUCUAUAACUAUUGAGGAACUAAUACAAAUUAUCACAACCAUUAUUGAAGAAACAGAAAAUAAAACAAGUUUUGGAGAUGUGAAUGGCUCUAUUACAGAUCAGUCUCAACAAAAUAAAGAUGCGGUCCAAACUACCAAACAAAACCAGCAAACAAUACUACAGUCACACCUUGUGUCAAUUACUAAAGGGAAGUUACAAGGUCAAAAGAUCUCCCUAUGGGACUUGUUGAAUUCAGCAUAUAUAACAGAGGAUAAAAAGCAUGAGCUUUUGCAGAAGUAUACUGCAGGCACUUUAACUCUAGAAGAUAUGAUUCAAAUAAUUAUAACCCUUAUUAGUCAAACAGAUGAAAAGACAGUUACUAUAGAACAAAAAGAGUUUGAAACUACAAACAACUCUUUACAACUUAAUAUUUCAACACAUACAGAUGAGCAACUCAAAAAAGCCUUGAGUGCUAUCAAAGUUAGUGUGCAACCUGAUCAGUUUCAAGAACAAAGAGUGUCUCUAUGGGAAGUUCUAAAUUCUAAAUACAUCCCAGCAAACGAAAGGGAUGUUCAGCUGAAAAAACAUCAGACAUCUGUAAAGGAACUAAAACAAGUUAUUACAGAUUUGGUUGAAGUUGAAGAGGCAAAAUCUGACCAGGAAAUACAAAAUGCACUAGAAAAGAAGACUGCAGAAGUUGCCGUAGGAGAGUUCAAAGGACAAAGUGUCUCUCUGUGGGUACUUCUUCACUCUAAAUAUGUCAGUGAAGAGAAAGGAAAAGAGCUGCUGGAAAAGUACAAACAUGGAGAAUUAACUGAGGAAGAAAUCUUAAGAAUUAUUAUCAAAAUCAUUGAGGAAAUAGAAGAGAGAAGCCGUAAUCUGAAAUUUAAAGGUCUCAGAAGGCAGAUCACAGCCACAGAGUUGCUCCAGUCAGAAAUCAUUGACCAGAGUACAAUGAAUGAACUGACUCAGGGAAGCAGAACAGUUGAGCAGGUGACUCAAAUGGACUCUGUAAAGCGCUACCUUGAAGGAACCAGCUGCAUCGCUGGUGUGUUUGUAACCUCUAAGAAAGACCCCUCUAAAAGAGAGAAAAUUAACAUUUAUGAAGCCAUGUUAAAUCGCAUACUGAGACCUGGGUCAGCUUUGAUUCUUCUCGAAGCUCAAGCAGCUACUGGAUUUGUUAUUGAUUCCAUACAAAAUAAGAAACUUUCUGUAGAUGAGGCCUUAUCUGCUGGACUGAUUGGCUAUGAGAUUUAUAAUAAACUUCUUUCCGCAGAAAAAGGAGUAACAGGUUACACUGAUCCUUACUCUGGUGAAAAGAUCUCAUUGUUCCAGGCGAUGCAAAAAGACCUUAUUGUGAAAGAGCAUGGCAUUCGUCUAUUGGAAGCACAGAUUGCCACUGGAGGUAUCAUCGACCCAGUGCACAGCCAUCGUGUUCCAGUGGAAGUAGCUUACAAACGUGGUUACUUUGAUGAAGAGAUGAACCAGAUUCUUUCUGAUCCCAGUGAUGACACUAAAGGAUUCUUUGAUCCAAACACUCAUGAGAACCUAACAUAUAUGCAGCUUCUCCAAAGAUGCAUUCAAGAUCCUGGUACUGGUCUAUAUAUGCUAGAUGUGAAGGAUAGUAAGUCUUCUUUUCAUCAGACAGAUAUACAAAGUACGCUAAAGUCGAAAAUUAUUCAGAUUACAACUGGGCAGUUCCAAGGCAAAAAUAUAUCCAUCUGGGAACUUUUAAACUCCAAAUAUAUCUCAGAGGAAAAAAGAGAAGAACUUUUAAAAAAGUACAGAACUGGUACCUUGUCCAUGGAUGAACUUAUAACCAUUGUCACCACUAUAAUUACUGAGACAGAGGUAUCACAAGUGGACUCAACAGAAUCUUUUAAUCAUAAUGAACAAAUACAUACACUGUUACAAUCACAAAAGGUAGAUGUAAGUGUUGGUGAUUUUAAAGGACAAUGUGUGACAUUGUGGGAGCUUCUAAACUCUCGUUAUAUAGCAAAAGAGCAAAGGAAUGAAAUAUUAGAGAAGAUGAAAGUAGGGACUUUAUCCAUCCAAGAAGUUAUUACUUUAAUUAUCACAAUCAUCACUGAAUCAGAACUGAAACGUAUUGAGCAAAUACAGCAAUUUAAUCAGGUAUCUGCAGAACAAUCUAAAACUUCUGACCAUUCAAUUUAUGAGGAUGAAAUCAAGAAAGCCCUACAGAGUAUUAGCAUUCAUAUAACGAAAGGGCAGUUUCAAGGUCAGGAAAUUUCUGUUUGGGAUCUUCUUCAAACAAGUUACAUCACAGAGGAAAAGAGGCAAGAACUUCUAGGAAACUACAAAUUGACUGUCCAAGACAUUAUAACAAUUGUUAUUAAAUCUGUCGAUGAGGUUGAAAACCAGAAUUCAUCUUUCAAAACAGAAUACAAAUUGAAUGAUGACAUAUACAAUAAUUUAAAGACAGUACAAGUUGAAAUUUCAGUAGGCGAGUACAAAGGUAAAAAAAUGUUGCUUUGGGAUCUACUGAUGACUUCCAAAUAUAUAUCAGAAGAGAAAAAGGUGGAGCUGUUUAAAAAACUGAAUUCUGGGAAGCUUGAUACCAAUGAAUUGAUUAAAGUUAUCAUCACAAUAAUAGAAGAGACAGAGGAGAAAAGCAAAAAACUAAAAUUUAAAGGUCUUAGGAGACAAGUAACUGCAACUGAGCUGCUCACAUCUGAAAUCAUCGACCAGAAGACUCUGACAGAAUUGACCCAGGGAAAAAAAACUGUAGAAGAAGUGACACAAAUGGACACAGUAAAGAGAUACCUAGAAGGGACAAGCUGUAUAGCAGGAGUAUUAGUACCAUCCAUUAAACAUCCAUCAAAGAUAGAAAAGAUGAGUAUUUAUGAUGCAAAGCUGAAGCGUGUCCUGAGACCAGGGACAGCACUAGUACUCCUUGAAGCUCAGGCAGCCACUGGAUUUGUUAUUGACCCCAUAAAAAAUAAGAAACUCUCUGUAGAUGAAGCAGUUACUGCUUCCCUUGUUGGUCAAGAACUCCAUGGAAAGUUACUUUCUGCAGAGAAAGCAGUAACUGGAUACAAAGAUCCUUACACGGGUGACAAGAUAUCCCUGUUCCAGGCCAUGCAAAAAGACCUCAUUGUGAAAGACCAUGGCAUUCGCCUACUGGAAGCACAAAUUGCAACUGGCGGCAUCAUUGACCCAGUGCACAGUCAUCGUGUCCCUGUGGAAGUAGCUUACAAACGUGGUUACUUUGAUGAAGAAAUGAACCAAAUACUCUCUGAUCCCAGUGAUGACACCAAGGGAUUCUUUGACCCAAAUACUCAUGAGAACCUGACAUACAUGCAGCUCCUGGAAAGAUGCAUUAAAGACCCAGAUACUGGACUAUAUAUGCUAGAUGUAAAGAACAGCAAGCCAUCCUACUUCCAAAUAGACAAAAAAAUAGAAAGUACAUUGCAGUCCAAAACAAUCCAUAUUAAAGUUGGGAAAUACACAGGGCAAAACAUUUCAAUUUGGGAACUUCUCAACUCCCAGUAUUUGCUGGAAAAAAGACUAGAUCUUCUGAAAAAAUACCAAUCAGGUUCUGUAACUAUUGAGGAACUAAUACAAAUUAUCAUAACCAUUAUUGAAGAAACAGAAAAUAAAACAAGUUUUGGAGAUGUGAAUGGUUCUAUUACAGAUCAGUCUCAACAAAAUAAAGAUGCGGUCCAAACUACCAAACAAAACCAGCAAACAAUACUACAGUCACACCUUGUGUCAAUUACUAAAGGGAAGUUACAAGGUCAAAAGAUCUCCCUAUGGGACUUGUUGAAUUCAGCAUAUAUAACAGAGGAUAAAAAGCAUGAGCUUUUGCAGAAGUAUACUGCAGGCACUUUAACUCUAGAAGAUAUGAUUCAAAUAAUUAUAACCCUUAUUAGUCAAACAGAUGAAAAGACAGUUACUAUAGAACAAAAAGAGUUUGAAACUACAAACAACUCUUUACAACUUAAUAUUUCAACACAUACAGAUGAGCAACUCAAAAAAGCCUUGAGUGCUAUCAAAGUUAGUGUGCAACCUGGUCAGUUUCAAGAGCAAAGAGUGUCUCUAUGGGAAGUUCUAAAUUCUAAAUGCAUCCCAGCAAAUGAAAGGGAUGUUCAGCUGAAAAAUCAUCAGACAUCUGUAAAGGAACUAAAACAAGCUAUUACAGAAUUGGUUGAAGUUGAAGAGGCAAAAUCUGACCAGGAAAUACAAAAUGCACUAGAAAAGAAGACUGCAGAAGUUGCCGUAGGAGAGUUCAAAGGACAAAGUGUCUCUCUGUGGGUACUUCUUCACUCUAAAUAUGUCAGUGAAGAGAAAAGAAAAGAGUUGCUGGAAAAGUACAAACAUGGAGAAUUAACUGAGGAAGAAAUCUUAAGAAUUUUUAUCAAAAUCAUUGAGGAAAUAGAAGAGAGAAGCCGUAAUCUGAAAUUUAAAGGUCUCAGAAGGCAGAUCACAGCCACAGAGUUGCUCCAGUCAGAAAUCAUUGACCAGAGUACAAUGAAUGAACUGACUCAGGGAAGCAGAACAGUCGAGCAGGUGACUCAGAUGGACUCUGUAAAGCGCUACCUUGAAGGAACCAGCUGCAUCGCUGGUGUAUUUGUAACAUCUAAGAAAGACCCCUCUAAAAGAGAGAAAAUUAACAUUUAUGAAGCCAUGUUAAAUCGCAUACUGAGACCAGGGUCAGCUUUGAUUCUUCUCGAAGCUCAAGCAGCUACUGGAUUUGUUAUUGAUUCCAAACAAAAUAAGAAACUUUCUGUAGAUGAGGCCUUAUCUGCUGGAUUGAUUGGCCAUGAGAUUUAUAAUAAACUUCUUUCCGCAGAAAAAGGAGUAACAGGUUACACUGAUCCUUACUCUGGUGAAAAGAUCUCACUGUUCCAGGCGAUGCAAAAAGACCUUAUUGUGAAAGAGCAUGGCAUUCGUCUAUUGGAAGCGCAGAUUGCCACUGGAGGUAUCAUCGACCCAGUGCACAGCCAUCGUGUUCCAGUAGAAGUAGCUUACAAACGUGGUUACUUUGAUGAAGAGAUGAGCCAGAUCCUUUCUGAUCCCAGUGAUGACACUAAAGGAUUCUUUGACCCAAACACUCAUGAAAACCUAACAUAUAUGCAGCUUCUCCAAAGAUGCAUUUACGAUACUGAGACCGAUUUAUAUAUGUUAGAUGUGAACAGAAGCCCCUUAUCCUUUUCACAAGCAGAGGACAAAACAAACAAAAACUUGCAGUCUAAGACUAUUCAGAUUACAACUGGGCAGUUCCAAGGCAAGAAUGUUUCAGUUUGGGAGCUUCUCCAUUCCAAAUAUCUCUCAAUAGAAAAACAAGAGGAACUUCUGAAACGGUACAGAUCUGGUGCUUUGUCCAUUGAUGAACUUAUAGUGAUUAUUACUACAAUUAUUAAUGAUGCAGAGAAAGUUGCUUCUGUCAACCAGAAAGUAGAAGUUCAGAAAUCCUUGCAAUCUGUGCAAAUAGAUAUUUCUGUUGGAAGCUCUAAAGAGAAAUCUAUGUCUGUGUGGGACGUUAUCAAUUCAGAAUAUAUCGUUGAAAAAGAAAGGGAAGAACUGCUGGAAAAGUUCCAGUCUGGAACAUUAACUUUGGAAGAACUAAUCAAAAUCAUUAUUACAAAUAUAGAAAAGAAAACAAAGCACGUUACCAAACCCUCACAAAUAACAGUGCCGGAAAUAACCAUAACUUCACAUUCAGUGGAAGAUUGGCCUUCAGAUGAACAAUUCCAAAGAGCACUGCAAGUUAUUCCAUGUGAUAUGUCAAAGCAAAAUGAAAAGGAAAGUGUUUCUGUUUGGGAACUUUUACAUAAUCAAAAUGUUUCUGAGGAUGAACGACAAAAACUCUUGCUAACUUGUAAACACACAGCCCAAGAAGUUAUGACUAUUUGCACCAACAUCAUAAAAACAGGUGAAGAAAGAGACUGUUCUACUGAGAGCUUUGCUGUUGAUGAACAAACACAAAGUUCUUUAAAGGCUAAAAUGGUUGAAGUCUCCUCUGGUGAACUUAAGGGACAAUUAUUGUCUGUUUGGGACCUGCUGCAUUCCAAAUAUAUCUCAGUUGAAAAAAGUAAAGAUCUAUUGUUAGCGCACAUUUUUGGUACUCUAACCCUUGAUGAAAUGAUCAAAAUGAUUAUAACUAUUCUUGAGGAGUCGCUAGAGAAAUCAAGUCAGCUCAAGUUUAAAGGGCUUCGACGACAAGUGACAGCCACUGAAUUGUUGAUUUCUGAAAUUAUUGACCAGAAGACACUGACAGAAUUGACCCAGGGGAGCAAGACAUUGGAGGAGGUGACUCAGAUGGACUCAGUAAAGCGCUACUUGGAAGGUACUAGCUGUAUUGCAGGUGUUUUUGUUCCCGCUAAACAAAACCCAUCAAAGAGAGAGAAAAUUAGCAUUUACCAAGCUAUGUGGAAAAACAUAUUAAGGCCUGGUACUGCAUUGGUGCUUUUAGAAGCCCAAGCUGCAACUGGUUUUAUCAUUGACCCAAUCAACAACAAAAAACUAUCAGUAGAUGAGGCAGUUUCUGCUGGAGUAGUUGGCAAGGAGCUGCAUGCUAAACUUCUAUCAGCAGAGAGAGCUGUGACUGGUUAUAAUGACCCUUACACAAGUAAGAAGAUUUCUCUCUUUCAAGCCAUGAAAAAAAAUUUAAUAGUGAAAGACCACGGUAUCCGUUUAUUGGAAGCACAGAUUGCCACAGGAGGUAUCAUUGAUCCCAUUCACAGUCAUCGUGUACCUGUUGAGGUGGCAUACAAACGUGGAUAUUUUGAUGAAGAAAUGAGCCAAAUCUUGUCUGAUCCCACGGAUGACACAAAAGGAUUCUUUGAUCCAAACACUCAUGAGAACCUGACCUAUAUGCAAUUACUCCAAAGAUGCAUGCAGGAUACAGAAACUGGGCUGUCAAUGUUGGAGGUGAAAGAAAGCAAAUCAUCCUACUUCCACAUAGACCAGACAAUCAAAAAUGCCCUUCAGUCCAAAACUGUUCAGUACCAAGGGCAGAAUGUUUCUCUUUGGGAAAUUUUCAACUCCCAAUACGUCUUAGAGGAUGAAAAAGUAAGACAGGAACUGCUAACACAAUACAAAUCAGGAACUCUAACUAUUGAACAGCUUAUGGCAAGAAUUGCUGAAAUCACUGAGAAAUCAGAGCAUAAAAGCCACAGCGAGAUCAAAAGCAGAGUCAUUAAAGGCCAUGGGCAUCCCCAUAAACAUGGCAUUGAGCAAAUGGAACAAAGCCAAAAUUUACUAAAGUCUGUUGAGGUUGAGAUAACCUUUGGCAAACAUAAAGGUAAAAAACUUUCUCUGUUGCAGCUCCUAGAUUCUAAAGAUAUCACCAGUGAGAAAAAGAGAGAGCUCCUCGAGAAGUAUGAGAAUGGAGUUCUGUCUCUGGAGGAACUUAUAAACUAUAUUACUGAACUCACCAUGGAAAAAGAAACAAGAGAUAAAACUGUUUCCAGGCAAGAUAAAACAGUAAAAGAUGGAGAAUCAACUCUUGAUUUUCUGCCAGAGCCAAUACAAAAAUCUUUGCAGUCAUUUUAUGUCCCAAACUCAGUUGGUGAAUUCCAGCAGCAAAACAUUACUUUGUGGGAAGUCCUACAUUAUAGCAACAUAUCAAAUGAAAAGAGACAAUAUUUGCUGACAAAGUACUAUUUGACUAUUCAAGAGAUAAUUUCAGUGAUUACCAAAUUACUCCAAAGUACAGAAAAAACAUCAACUCUGCAGAUACGUGAAGACACAGCCAAAUUUUUAAUGUCUGUGACUGUGCAAGUAAACACUGGGGAAUUUAAAAUAGAAGGUAAAAGUCAUACACUUUGGGAGCUUCUUCACUCUAAAUAUAUCACCAAAGAGAAAAGAAAGGAGCUCCUUGAGAAGUUUGAAUCUAAGACUUUGACUUGGGAAGAAAUCUUUAAUAUAAUUGUCACUAUUAUUAAGGAGACAGAAGAGAGAGGUCAAAAGCUCAAAUUUAAGGGUCUGAGAAGGCAAGUGACAGCCAGUGAACUGCUACAGUCGGAGAUCAUCGAUCAAAAUACUCUCACAGAACUAACACAGGGAAAAAAAACCCUGGCAGAGGUAACUAAGAUGGAUUCAGUAAAGCGUUAUCUUGAAGGAACUAGCUGUAUAGCUGGAAUUAUUGUUCAAUCCAAGAAUGACCAAUCAAAGACAGAGAAGAUGAGCAUUUAUAAUGCCAUGUUGAAGCGUAUUUUGAGGCCAGGUACUGCGCUUGUCCUGCUAGAGGCACAAGCAGCUACUGGCUUUAUUAUUGAUCCAAUGAAAAACACAAAACUUGCUGUGGAUGAAGCAGUAGCUGCCCGGGUGAUUGGCCAAGAACUGUAUUCAAAGUUACUGUCUGCAGAGAGAGCAGUCACUGGUUAUAAUGACCCCACUACUGGUGAAAAGAUUUCUCUCUUCCAGGCUAUGCAGAAAGACUUAAUUGUAAAAGAUCACGGUAUCAGGUUGUUGGAAGCCCAGAUUGCUACUGGUGGAAUUAUUGACCCAGUACACAGCCAUCGUGUUCCUGUAGAUGUGGCUUAUAAACGUGGCUUUUUUGAUGAGGAGAUGAACCAGAUCCUCUCUGAUCCCACUGAUGACACCAAGGGAUUUUUUGAUCCCAAUACACAUGAGAAUCUGACCUAUAUGCAACUGCUACAGAGAUGCAAACAAGAUCCAGAAACUGGAUUGUGCAUGUUGGUUGUGAUCAGUAAAUAGACUUGAAGGAACCAUCAUAAAGACCAUAAAACCAACAAAAAUGUUAUGUGGUUUGGAAGUUCUCAGCAUGAGCUUUGAAUAUCCUUCAUGAGAACUGUGCAUGUGCAUGAAUUGCGUAGAGAUUUCUGCAGGAGAAAAAUGUGUUUUUUAUGUUAGUGUGUCUAUUUUUUAACAACCUUUCUUUUUAUUGCUUAAGGGCUGCCAGUGUAUUACAUAUACUUAUGGACUGACACACUGUUACUUCAAACACAAAAGAGCUACAAUCAAUGUAGGAGUCUACCAAUUUAGUCCACCCUGUCUCAGUCACAUAACAGCCUGUUAAACCUGCAAAAUCUGUUAAAUCUGUUUAGUGAGUAGAAAAGUCCAACCACUUUUCAGCUGCCACAUAGAGAGAGACCAAUGGGUUAACACAGGGAUGCCUGUUAAGCCAAUACAUUCUACUAAAAUUAAGAGUGGUUUUGCUAUAUUUUUACAAACUCUCCUAUUACCAAAAGCAAAUUUUGUAAAUAAAUAUUAAUAGUCAGUGUUUACGUGAGUUACCAGAUGUUAAAGCAAUCUUAUGUUUGUAGGAUACUGAAAAUGACUCCAUGUUAUUAUACAGGGGUCCAAACCAAAAGACUUGGGUUUAAUGUGACUGCGUCUCAUGAUGAUCUGGAGUCAGGUUGGUAGCCAGAACCAUACACCCACAAGCAUCUCAAGAAUACACUAGCCAACAGAAACCUUUAUAAACAGAUACAAGUCCCUUGAAAACAAAAAAAUCAAUAUGUUCAAGCCAUUAAUAGUGAGUUGUUCUACAGAGAAGUUGUCUUCUUGCAAAAUGUACAAUCUCCUUUCUUUAAUACUGUGAUCUUUUUUAAGCUUUGGGUUGCUGUUUUUUUUACUGUGUAAUAAAUAAAUGUACACUAA